AUGGACAAGUUGUAUUCGAUCAAAGAUGGCGCCCUCGGCACUUUCGCUAACGAUAUUGACGAUCGUUUAACAAUGGCAAAUCUCAAGAACCGAAAGGCCGCCCCCGAUGAUCUUGAAGCAGAAGCAGAAAAGGCUUUUCAGCGGGCUUCUGCUCAGCAAAAUCGAAAUGAAGAUGAUGAGUUCGACCUUGAAUUUGAAAGUGCUUUCCAAAAUCUUCCGCCAAGUAAAGCUGACGCGAAGUCAGACGGUUCCAUUAAGGAGUCGGCCGUCAGUCAAGAGGUGUCUAACGGUCCUUCUCAGCUUCCCAUUAAGACAGAAGGACUGCCUAGUAGUUUGCCUUCUAGUCAAGGGUGAGAGGGAAAAUUAUUCAGCGCAAACUUAUCACGAUCAGAUACACUUACCAAUAUUUGUUUGUUUGUUUUUUUUUGAAGGCUUUUGUCAAGGGUUAGUUUAUGUAUAUUUAGCCUCCGAUGUUGAGGUUUCUGUUAACCGAUGGGUGGAUACUAAUCUUAAAUUAAUCAUUUUGUGCUUGAUAUCGCCCCAUGUGUCGUUUAAGAGCCUACAAUCUUAAUAUUUUUUCAAGGAUGGUACAGAUUCACUCUAAACAGCGUGAAAUCAAGACAUUUUGUCGGUCUUCUAGAUUAUACUAAGUGUGGAUCUUACUAAUUUUGGCGUUACGAAUCGAGUAUUUAAUCAAUGAAUCAUUAUUUUCACAACAUACGGAACAUUAUAAUUCCCUGUAAAUUCAAUUUGCUUCAAUAAGCUUUAAGUACCAAACUUCAAAACCAAUAAUAACUUGAAUGAAAAUUAUGGAAUUACUUGAAUUGGCAAAAUUUUUACCUCUGUUCAGUUAUAUUCACAUGGUGCAUGUUUUACAAGCUGUAUUUUAAAGGAGUUGUGGCCAAUCUUGUGCAUCUUGAUAAAGUUAGCCAAGGUUGUCAUGUGCAGUGCACUUUAAUCUUCUUCCUCUAAAGACAUCUUGUGAGGAGCAAAAAUAAAAAAAUUAUUCUCAGUGGGAAAAAAAAUGUUAUUUAUUGACAACAGGGAUGUAUACAGGAUUUCAUAACCACAGAUCCAGGGCAAGGUUUGGUUGCUUUAUUAUUUUCAAUUAUCUAUAUUUCUUGGCCAAGAGGGAAUCGUAUGAAUUAAAGAAUGCCCUCCCUCUAGUUUACACUCAGGCCUGUCUACUCAUUGUGAAGCCUAACUGUAUACUUUAAUUUUUACAGAUCAAGUGCAUCAGAACUGAACAGAUACUCUCCUCGCAAAGAAACUGCUAAUUAUUCUGAAAAGGAAUCAGCGUCAACCAGUCCUACCUCGGAUCAAAUGCGACCUGGUAAACGAAGACGGAGAUCGGACAAAGAUAAUAUUCCACCAGGAAUUAGGAAGCUACCUUCACCUCCAACAACACUUGAACAGGCCCAGAUGGAGUGGGACUUAGUGGAAACUGUUCAGCCAGGUACAGUACUCUGUUUGGGAAAUGUAACUUAAACCAAUGGGCCAGUAAUUUUUCAGACAGUGUUUAGCACAGAGUGGAAUAGUGAAAAUACAUGGACUGCAACACCUCCUUACUCCUGGGUUAUGAGAGGGGUAGUGUCAGACUGAUAAGGUUUUUUUUUUUGAGUCAUUGCUCCUGGUCUUCUUUUAAUUGUUCAUAAAACUGAGAUUAAAUAUUUUUAUGGUUAAACUGAAGUUGGUUCAUAAUGCAGUUUCAUGUAAUGUCAUCUAAACUGUAUUGUUAUAUUCAGCCUUGAGUGUCUGUCCACAAGUCUCACAUUGAUCUGCUGUCAGAUCAAUGUUUCUGCUGAAAAACAGGGUUUUCCAUACAUUUAAUUAUGACAUUAAAGGGUUUUAAACUCAGACAGGAGACACUUACCGGUAUGUGUUCUUGUGGUGUGCAUGUACAUACAGGUGUCAACCCAAGUUUCCAAAAUCAACUCCUUGAUCAUUAAUAUGAAUGAUACUAUCCUCCCUGCUUGUCUCCUCAGUUCAUAAAAUUUGGGCUAGCUUAUGUUUUGAUAAGGUUUUCUAAAACUGACAGCAAUUAUUGAAAUUAUAAAUUGUUCAUUGUAAAGGUCUGAACCUUGUCUCAAAAUUAUUCAUUGUGUAAAAUACAUGUGAACUUGUCUCCUCUUCAGUGUCUGUUUUGUUGAUUUAAAAGAUCUAGAAGGUUUACCGAUUAGAGCAUCUUUUCCCACCAGGUUUUUGUUCAAUAAAAUGCUCUUAAUUGAUUUCUUAAAAGGAAGUGGUCAAGCUGGUAGCCGUUCACCUCUUAUCACGUUCCAGGAUGCUAUACGUCACUUUCAAACAGCUAGUUACCUUGAACAGCAUAUGUCACACAUCAAACCAACUGUCAAGCAUCGUGGAAUGGCAGCUGUGACCCAUAAACUAUUUGGUCCACCACAAAUGAACAGCAGCCUUCACUUGGAACGGAAUCUCAUCUUUGCUCUUGCUUUGUGUAUGUUCAAAAAUGACGAAACCAUGCAUAAUCAAGUGCUACAGACUAUUUAUAAAAAAUUAACAGGCACCAAGCUUGACUGUCCUCGCUAUGGAAACCACUGGGAGCUGAUUGGUUUUCAAGGUGUGAUUAUAUUUCUAUGGAUACAUGUAAAUGAAUUAACCCUCCACACCCUGACCUCAGUUUGUAAAUUCUCUGUACUAAAGGUGAGAAGCCUCUAAUUUCUUCUUACAAUAUCACUCCUGAUUCAAACAAGAGAAGCUCUUGAUCGUCAAACAAAUUCUCCUUGUCAGUGCCUUAGGAAAUGUAUAGAAGACUGCAAGGAGAAUAUGCUUACUGAUGUUAGGGUGUGAAGGGUUAUAGAAAAAUGUGGGAUAAAUUCUUCAAUCACUCCUUGUAAAUUAGAUGUACUGUUUUUUGAACUAUUUUACAAACUAUAGAAUUAUCACAGUAACAUUUUACUACACAAUUAUAUUUUAUAGGUCUUGAUCCUGCAACAGAUCUAAGAGGUUGUGGUUUUCUGGGCCUGUUGACAACACUGUACUUAGUAACUGACCAGCGGACCCAUGCUCUGGCUUUGGAUAUCUACAAACUCUCCCAACAUGAAACACAGAACUUCCCAUUUUCUAUCAUGUCUAUAAACAUUACCAGGAUUGCUCUUCAAACUCUAAGAGAGGAGAAGCUGAAUAAGUAUGUGCCUCCCUUCCGGUCAAGCGUUUUUUAUAUGCUGUAAAUUGCGUUAUCUACGCUGAGUUACAUGCGUUACUAGGUUUUGGCUGACUGCAAUGUUAUGGGCCACGUGCACUGGGAGAUUUUAGUUUUGUGUGAGUUUGUGUGUUGAAAAAUUGCGUUUCGGUUAGGACACCUGUAAUUUGGAAAUCAGCCAGUGGUUUUAGUUCGUCAACUCGACAGAGUAAGUUCAAAUGCUUUUAUCUUGAAAAUAUUCAUAUUAUAUCGGGGGAAAAGAAGGGCAUCCUUUUUACGUUUUAUCAUUUGUAAGAGACCAACGCCAUUAUUGUGCCACUUUUGAAUGAUUCCAGCUUUUCUUUUACAGGCCAUGCAACCGCCGCCGUCAGGUUCUGAACGUUUUUGUUGAAUUCUACGCCGCUAUUUUCGUCCACGUCUACCAGGUCUGGAAACAUCAACAUAAGACUAUCAGUGACUCAGGGUUUGUGCUUAGGGAAGCAGAGAAACUCGCCAAAAAGCGACCGCGUGACCUGCAUAGAAACCUGGAACGAGCAUUAGCCGAUCGUCAGGGUUUGAUCAAAGUCGACGAAGACAACUUUUCUCCGAAGGCGAAACAGCCCGACAUACUUGAUAAGUUCGCUGGGUUUGCGAUCUACAAGUAG